GCAGUACGCUCUUCCCUUCAUCUCGCUUGCGCUAUGGGAUGUCUGAUGUUAUGCCCUCUGGCCGAAGCAGGCUUCUUGAAGACUUUCGUAAUAACCGGUACCCUAAUUUACAGCUGAGGGAGAUCGCUGGACACAUUAUGGAGUUCUCUCAAGACCAGCAUGGAUCCAGGUUUAUUCAGCUGAAACUGGAGCGUGCUACCCCAGCAGAACGUCAGCUGGUGUUCAACGAGAUCCUCCAGGCAGCUUAUCAGUUGAUGGUCGAUGUAUUUGGAAAUUAUGUCAUCCAGAAGUUCUUUGAAUUUGGCAGCCUGGAACAGAAGUUAGCCUUGGCAGAACGCAUCCGUGGGCAUGUUCUGUCCCUGGCUCUGCAGAUGUACGGCUGUAGGGUGAUCCAGAAGGCCCUUGAGUUUAUUCCCCCAGACCAGCAGGUAAUUAAUGAGAUGGUACGGGAGUUGGAUGGCCAUGUCCUGAAGUGCGUCAAAGACCAGAACGGUAAUCAUGUGGUGCAGAAGUGUAUUGAGUGUGUGCAGCCUCAGUCCCUGCAGUUUAUCAUUGAUGCAUUUAAGGGACAGGUUUUUGCUUUGUCUACACAUCCAUAUGGCUGUCGUGUGAUCCAGAGGAUCCUCGAGCACUGUCUUCCCGAGCAGACCCUUCCCAUCUUGGAGGAACUUCACCAACACACCGAGCAGCUCGUUCAGGAUCAGUAUGGGAACUAUGUUAUCCAGCAUGUGCUAGAACAUGGUCGGCCUGAGGAUAAGAGCAAGAUUGUAGCAGAAAUUAGAGGCAACGUGCUCGUGUUGAGUCAACAUAAAUUUGCUAGCAACGUGGUGGAGAAAUGCGUUACUCAUGCCUCCCGUACAGAGCGUGCCAUGUUGAUCGAUGAGGUGUGCACUAUGAAUGAUGGCCCUCACAGUGCCUUAUACACCAUGAUGAAAGAUCAGUACGCCAACUACGUGGUACAGAAGAUGAUUGAUGUGGCAGAACCAGCUCAGCGGAAGAUUGUCAUGCACAAGAUCCGGCCUCACAUCGCCACCCUCCGUAAAUACACCUACGGCAAACACAUUUUGGCCAAGCUGGAGAAAUACUACAUGAAGAACGGGGUGGACCUAGGGCCCAUUUGUGGACCACCAAACGGUAUCAUCUGAGGUAGCCAACUGGCAAGGAGCUCACUGGCCAUCUGGCAUCUACAACCAGCAACCGACACUAUUCCAAUAUACAGUUAGAAAAUGUUUUAUGGUUGCUCAACUGCUAAAAAAGACAAAAAAAAAAAAGAAAAGCCUUUGUAAAUUUCUUUAAUUUUAUUAUGCAUAACAUGUACUAAUUAUUUUUUUUAAUUAACUAAUUGCCCUGCUGUUUUACUGGUGUAUAGAAUACUUGUACAUAGGUAUCAAAUGUACAUGGAAGGCCACAUUUUUUGUUCACUGUUGUAUCUAUAUUCCAAAUGUGGAAACUUUCAGGGUGGUUGGUUUGAAGAAAACAAAGAAAACCCCGUUUUUAAUUCUUCUGCCUUGCAGGCAACUUGUUUGCAAAUACUUGUUUUUUCUCCUUUUAGUCAAGAGUCAGCAAGAGUUUGAAUUUUAGUUAAAUGGCACAAACGACGCAUUUAACGCUGUUUAUAAAUAUAUUAAAAAAC